AUGGAAGCAUCGCCCGGAAAUACUAGUCCAACCAGUGGAGGCAACACUGGGAAUAAUAGCAACAGCACGACGUCGUUUGGGUCUAUGCAAUUCCCUGCCCUCCGUUUCUUCCAGUCUCCGCUCUCCUUCGUAUUAGAUUACUCCGGUAUACUUUCUCCGAGCUCUUCCCGCCACGAAGCUGACGCUCCGGUGGUCAACGCCGUAGUCGUUGCCGAUUCUCGCCCCCAUUCCCCUUCGGCCUGCACCUCCGGCUCUAGCAAUACCGGAGAGGUUUCAAUUCGCAUUAUCGGCGCCGGUGAACAGGAAGACCGCGGUAACGGUGCCGCAACUGUCCCGUUUCAUGGGGACGGAAAUGGUGGAUCGCUAGGGCAUAGCGGUAGGGUUCAAUCGUUGGAUAAUCUGGCGGGUACAGCCAGUGGGGUUGGGUCAGGCGAGAGAGUCCCCUUGGUGCCUCCGUCUUCUCCAGAACAUGGGCGUGACGUUGGGGACACUGGGGAUGGUGUGGAUAAUAAUUCUAGGGAUUCUGCUUAUCAGAGAUAUGAUAUUCAACAGAUAGCCAGAUGGAUUGAGCAGGUUCUUCCGUUUUCGCUGCUCUUACUCGUUGUGUUCAUUCGUCAGCAUUUGCAAGGUUUCUUUGUCACUAUAUGGGUAUCAGCUGUCAUGUAUAGGUCAAAUGAUGUUGUUCGGAAGCAAACAGCUCUAAAGGGAGAUAGGAAAAUUCCAGUUCUUCUAAGUAUUGCUGCUGCUUUUAUGCUUCAUGUAGUUGGUGUUUACUGGUGGUAUCGAAGUGAUGAUCUUUUAUACCCAUUGGCAAUGCUUCCUCCGAAAGCCAUACCACCUUUCUGGCAUGCGAUAUUCAUCAUUUUGGUCAAUGAUACCAUGGUGAGGCAGGCAACGAUGGCUCUCAAGUGUUUGUUGCUUAUAUACUACAAGAAUGGCAGAGGCCAUAAUUAUCGUCGGCAGGGUCAAAUAUUAACUGUGGUUGAGUAUACACUGCUGCUGUACCGUGCCUUGUUACCAGCACCUGUUUGGUACAGAUUCUUCCUGAACAAAGAUAAUGGGAGCCUCUUCUCGUCACUUACUACAGGAUUGUAUUUAACUUUUAAGCUAACAUCUGUCGUUGAGAAGGUCCAAUCCUUUUUUGCUUCAAUAAGGGCAUUAUCGCGGAAGGAUAUCCAUUAUGGGGCGUAUGCAACAUUGGAACAGCAGGGGACCUUUGUGCCAUUUGCCAGGAGAAGAUGCAUGCUCCGAUUCUGCUGCGCUGUAAACACAUUUUCUGUGAGGAUUGUGUCUCAGAAUGAAAAGGCCACCGCCCUUGAACAAAAUCUUGCCUCUGGCAAGUUUUGCUUUGGUCCAACUAUCUGUAUCCCCAUGUAUUGGCCAGAAGCAUUGGUGCUAGAUCAACUGCUUGCCACUAUUGUGGAUUUCAUGCUGCUUAAUUGA